GAUUUGAAACUGGAUAACAUUCUGUUGGAUACUGAAGGUCAUAUUCACCUGGCCGAUUUUGGUAUGUGCAAAACGGAAAUGAAUCGUGAAAACGGUAUGGCUUCUACAUUCUGCGGAACUCCUGACUAUAUCGCUCCUGAGGUUUGCCUUUAUCCAAAAUUCUGA